CGCUUACGUAAACGCUUCGUCGGUCACCGCUUGAUCAACGGUCUAGCUCGUAAUCAAGGACAUCGCGCGCGUCAAGUGAGCCACCUCGCUGAUCGAUCAUGGACGCCUUCCACAACUUGCUUCGCGAAGCCACAAACCCUCGCAACGGCGGCUCUGGCUCGUCACCACUUCCGACGCCUGGUAGCCUAACCCAAGCUUUGCAGAACGCUGGUGGAGGUCACGGUAUGGGCAUGACGCCCCCGCAACUCAAUGGCAACGGAAUGGGCUUGCCCAUGGGCAUGAGCAUGCCACUCUCGAUGUCCGGCCUGCAGUCCGGCAACACCAACGGCUUAGCACCCAUCCAUGGGGGCCGAAUGACCCCACUCAUGGGCUCCAACUCACCCAUGUUCCCGAGCCUAGGUGGCAACGGCACACCUACCUCCCUGAUGGCGAGUACCGGAGCUUCAACUGCCACGACGACCGUUGCUGCUGUACCCUCUGCCCCUGCUGCUGAGAAGAAGAAGACUACGAAGAAGCGCAAAGCCCCUAGCUCCAGCGCUGACGCUGAAUCGGGCGAGGAUGGUCGCAAGCAGCCUGAGGAGUACGAGGACCCCAAGGCCAAGCGACGUGCGCAGAUCGCCAAGGCCGCCCGUAAGCACAGACAACGUCAGAAGGACGAGCUGAUUGCGCUGCGCGCCAAGGUGAAGGACUUGAAGGAGCAGAUCGAGGUGCUGCAAUCGUCCGAGCCCUCCGAGCAUAACACCGAGCUCGGAUGGAAGCAGGAGGCCGAGCAGCACGCCGAAAUCCGCGCGCGUGUGGACCAGGAGAACGAGUUUCUACGCAAGACGCUGAUGGAGCAGAUGAAGUUCAUCCAGAGACUGCAAGACUAUUUCACCAAGCAGCCGCUACUCAACAUGCCGUCGCUGGAUAUGAUCCUGAACUCGUCUUCCUCUGCAUCCACUACGCCGGCUGCGCUCUCCAACACAAUCUCAGCUGCGCCGUCGGUGUUGCAGCUGCAGUCCGGCUCGUUCCGUGACCGACUCAUUGAAAUGGCCAACGAGUCCAUGGUCAACUCGGACAAGCAGCUUACUGCCUGCGAGACGGCUUUCCGCAACCCAAAGACGUCCACGAUGACGUACUUCGGUCUGCAGGUGCAGUAUGAAAUGGGUAAAAACGAAAUGGGUAUUUUCUUCCGCCACCAUCUGUACAACUGCAACUCGAAUUCUGUGAUGAACGACCUUUGGUCGGUCAUUGGUGACGUAAGCUUUGAGAAGGGCUUCGCGUUCACAGAGACCGCUGAGGUCCUCGAGGAAGUGGACCCCAACACCAAGUACAUUCGCCGAGUGGUGAAUCUCACCAUGUCUAACGACGCAGCUGUCGGCGGAGGCAUGAUGAAGGAGGAGAGUCUGACUGUCAACCAGAAGCGCGACAACCCAGACGGCAGCUUGACAAUGAUCUCGCGAUCCGUUCUGGACGACCCCAGCCACCCCAAGUCGGCUGACCACCUUCGCCGUAACGCCACCACUGCAGUGUCACUAAAGAACUUUAGUGACUCGACUGGCCAGGGAUGUCUUCUGCUGUGGUCUGUGAAGGUCGAGCUAGAUAAGGACCCGGAGGAGCGCGCCAAGAGCUUCAACAUUCCGGAUAUUAUCCUCAAGAACCUGUUUGAGGUUGCUCCGGUGUAUGUCAAGGGUAUCGUGGACCGCUCGCGCGGAACGCUGCCACAGAGCUAAGUCUGCCGUGUGACGGUAGAUAUUCCAAUAAGAUGGCACAAAGUCCAACAAUCACGAAGGGGGGAGUAUGUACGUUUCUGAGUUCGAUGCAUGUACCUUUACCGACAGGUCAAUUGUAGCGUACCUGAAGGGUAAGAGACACAACAAGCAAAGACAUUUGAUUU